AUGAAAUCACAUGGCUCGCUUGAGAGACAUAAGGCUCGUUUAGUUGGUGAUGGUAAGACUCAAAGAGAGGGGAUAGAUUGUGAUGAAACUUUUAGCUCGGUUGUCAAGCCGGCUACCAUCAGACUGGUUCUUAGUAUUGCAUUAUCUAAGUCUUGGUCAAUUCAUCAAUUGGAUGUUAAAAAUGCAUUUUUACAUGGUCAUUUGAAUGAAACCGUUUACAUGUAUCAACCAUUGGAGUUCAAAGAUCCUACUAGACCUGAUCAUGUUUGUCUGCUUCGAAACUCUCUUUAUGGUUUGAAACAGGCUCCUCAGGCUUGGUAUCAACGAUUUACUGACUUUGUGGCAUCUAUCGGAUUUGUUCAUAGCAAAUCGGACAACUCUCUAUUCAUUUAUCACCAUGGUAAUGCUACAACUUACAUUCUAUUGUAUGUUGAUGAUAUUGUUCUUACUUCUUCUUCCGAAUCUCUUCGCCAACAAAUUAUUUCCAGACUCAGUUCUGAAUUUGCUAUGACUGAUUUGGGUGAACUUAGUUAUUUCUUGGGUAUUACUGUCUCCCGUACUAAAACAGGUUUAUUUCUUUCUCAAAAGAAAUAUGCUCAAGAAAUUAUUGAAAAAGCAGGGAUGUCAAAUUGCAAGUCAUCUGCUACUCCUGUAGACUCAAAAGGAAAAAUGAGCUCACAAUCCAGCACUCCGUAUGAUGAUCCCACUUUUUACUGGAAAUUAUGUGGUGCUUUGCAGUACUUAACUUUUACUCGCCCGGAUAUUUCAUAUGAUGUACAACAGGUUUGCUUGUUUAUGCAUGCUCCGUUGGUUGAGCAUAUGUCGGCUUUGAAACGUAUUAUUCGGUACAUUCAAGGUACAUCUGAUCUUGGUCUGCAUUUAUUUAAGUCAUCUGUGUCUUCUCUUCUGUCUUACACGGAUGCCGACUGGGGUGGGUGUCCAGAUACUCGUCGUUCAACGUCCUGUUAUUGUGUUUUUCUUGGUGAUAAUUUGAUUUCUUGGUCCUCUAAGCAGCACCCUACUUUGUCUUAG